GAAGAACAGAAACGCGCGGGUAAAUUUAGCGGCAUCGUUAAAUUCCAAUUCAGGUAAACAAAGAAAACCAUCAGAUGAAUCGAAAUCUCUGAAGUUGCUGAGUUUCAUAAAUGGAAUCUCGUCUCUCAUGAAGAUUCAAUCGGUUUGAAUUUGUGGAGGAGUGCAAGACCAUGAAACUCGUUUCUGAGCGGAGAUGAACGGAGGAAAAUGAGAUCUCGUCUUCACCUUCGGCUUGAUCCGUCGAAAAAUUUAUACGGUUUCUGGAUGGUGAUUUUGAGAGGAGCCGAUGGAAAUGGGGAGGGGAAGUUAUAACGAGAGUCGCGAUUACGAUCUUCUUCAGAGAAACAGAAACAGUGGUGUCGCAUAUGGGAUGCAAAAGAACAUGGAGAUCGAUGAAACCAAUUCUACGGAUUUGUCGUCGAUUUCAUUGAUUUCUAGCGUUGGCUACAUCGAGCACCCCGUUUCCAAGUUCGACACUCUUGCCGGGAUUGCGAUUAAGUACGGCGUUGAGGUCUCAGACAUAAGGAGAAUGAAUGCGUUGGUUACAGACCAUCAAAUGUUUGCUCUCAAAUCUCUACAUAUUCCAACUCCUGGAAAGCAUCCUCUGCCUGCUCACUUAUCCGAUGGUCUUGACAUUUCCAGGAAGGGUUAUUCUGAGCAAAAUUCAACUCGGCUCAUGUCCUAUGAUCCAUUAGACUCAUUCCAAUCACUGAGAAUCAAAUCCUCCUCGAUACUCAAGUCUCCCUUGCAAGACCAUAACGCCCAAAUACCAGCAAUUUGUGAAAUGACUGCCUAUGAAAAACUAGAAUCCAACCAUUUGGGGGCGGCUGUUGAUCCCAUGGUGGCAUUCACUCCCAAUCCCCUUCUAAGCCGCCAUAGAAAGUCAAGAAGCUUUGCCAAUGGCUUCCUAGAGGGAAUGAUAUUCACCGAUAUCACGACCACUACGAACGGAGUGGCCGAUUCCAUCAAAGGGAAUGAAAAGCGGAUCAGGAGACGGCAGAAAUCGAUGGCAGACUUCUCCGCCGCAACCGAAAACCUUUUCAACAAGAACUACAGCAGCAGUGGAGAGUGCUUUUCGAUGACAAUGAGAGUGAAAGCGGGUGGAAGAAGUAGUAAUAAUAUAGCAAAUGGGGGUGGUGAAAUGGGUAAAGGGACACACAUUUUGAUGGAUGAUGUUGGAGACUCGUUUAUGGGCAAUGGGAUGCUGUUUGGUGGGAGACGAUCAAGCAGCACAUGUAAUUUGCAGGAAGCAGAAAAGCGAAGCUCUUCACCUAUGUGGUCUGCUUCUUCGUGGAGUUUGAAAACAGAUCUUCAAGCAUUUUCAUCUGCAGUGGUCACGAAGUCAUCGACCAGGUACAAAGCUUCAAGGGAUUAAUAAUUGAAACGGCUGAAGACUGAUCCUUGUGCUUCAUUUGAGAAUUUGAGGGAAUAUAUUGAAUAAGAGCCCAUAGUUUUGACGAUGAGAGAGAGACCUUUUUUGAGUGAGUAUUCUAUUUGUGAAGGAAGUUACUAUGGUUCAUAUUGUAACUUAAUACACCACGAAUGUAUUUGUAUAUCUGAACUAUGACGUAAUAGAU